AGUUUGAGAGCGGUUUGAAUGCAACACAAACUCUCCACAGUUUGCUCUGUGUUUGUGUUGGAGUGAAGUCUAGUUUGCCGUUUGGCUUAUAGUAUAGCGAGUGGUGUAUAGUUAGCAGCGAUGGGAUGUGCUGUCAGUUCCGGUGCCGACAAAGAGGCCAUCGAAAGGAGCAAAAAGAUUGACAGCAUUUUGAGAGCCGAUCAGGAAAAACAGUCCCGAGAAGUCAAACUACUUCUGCUCGGUGCGGGAGAGUCAGGAAAGAGCACAAUUGUGAAGCAAAUGAGAAUUAUUCACGAGUCCGGGUAUACGAAAGAUGAAUGUCUUCAAUACAAACCUGUAGUCCAUUCAAACACUAUUCAAAGCCUUAUGGCAAUCAUCAAAGCCAUGGCUCAGCUCAAGAUUGACUUUAAGGACUCGACGUGUCACGAGUCGGCCCGUAAAUUCUUCACGAUGGUGGGCGCGUCCAUCGAGGGCGACCUCACCCUUGAACUGUGCGCUGUUAUGAAACGAUUAUGGUAUGACUCGGGUGUCCAGAUGUGCUUCGCCCGGUCCCGCGAGUAUCAGCUCAACGACUCGGCCCAAUAUUACCUGAACUCGUUGGACAGGAUAGCGCAGCCGACAUAUGUGCCCACACAACAGGAUGUGCUGCGGACUCGGGUGAAGACGACGGGCAUCGUUGAGACCCACUUCUCGUUCAAAGGCCUGCACUUCAAAAUGUUUGACGUCGGCGGACAGCGCAGCGAACGCAAGAAGUGGAUCCACUGCUUCGAAGGCGUCACUGCCAUCAUCUUCUGUGUGGCGCUCUCUGGCUAUGACUUAGUGCUCGCCGAAGACGAAGAAGUGAACCGAAUGGUGGAGAGUAUGAAACUGUUUGACUCGAUCUGCAAUAACAAGUGGUUUCUCGAGACGUCUAUCAUAUUGUUUCUCAAUAAGAAGGAUCUCUUCGAGGAGAAGAUCACACGAUCGCCGCUAACCAUAUGUUAUCCCGAAUAUACGGGGAACAACACAUACGAAGAGGCGGCCGCUUAUAUACAGUUAAAGUUCGAGAAUCUGAACAAACGGAAAGACACUAAAGAGAUCUACACUCACUUCACGUGUGCCACCGAUACUAACAAUAUUCAGUUCGUCUUCGAUGCCGUCACAGACGUUAUCAUCAAAAACAACCUCAAAGAUUGUGGGCUUUUUUAGACACACUUUUACCAUUAUUUAUACGAUUAGUUGUGCGAACUUUUGUUACCAAAAACCCAGAGAAACGAUUCAUUUUUUAUUCCCAUCUCUAUUAUCAGACAAUACUUUUUUAAAAACAAAGUAUUACUUCACGCCUACCGUUGAAAAAGUAUUAGUGCAGUAUUUUUGCUGACGAUAUUUGAUGUGUCCAUUGGUGUUGACAUCAAGAGUAUUAUACAUGCAUUUAUUUUUUAUCAGCAAUUUUUUUCUCACUUAAUAUUUCACUCACCGAUUCUUUCCAUAUACCAUACCAUGCGAUACGUAAGUACUUGUAUUGUGUAUGUAUUAGCACUUUAUAUUCAUUUAUGGCAAUAGAUUUUCAUUAAAUUUAUAAAAUAAACACAAAUAGAUAUAUCAGAAUAGAGAGCAAGAAUUGAUUUUAUGAUUAGAGGCAAUGAUAUAUACAGUAGAUAUAUGGGUAGAACAAUUUUGAGAC